UUUACUUUGAACAGGUAGAGAAUACACCCAUCACCACUACUCAGGUAAAGAAGGCAACUCGAGUUGACCCAGUAUUGUCCUAAGUUAUGGACCUGGUGAUGCAUGGAACUUCUCAAUGAACCUCUCCGGUCUCACCUGACCUUGUUACGUACAUGUCCAGGAGGACGGAGUUUUGGAUCCAAUCUGGUUGGUUGUUGUGGGGGAGACGUGUCGUUAUCCCACCACCACUGAGAUCACAGGUCUUAGAACAGCUACGUUCUGGUCGCUGUGGAAUAGUGCGCAUGAAGGAAAUUGCAUGAAGCUAUUUUUGGUGGCCUGGAUUGGACAGUGCUAUUGAAGAGAAGGCAAGAGCCUGUAUGUCAUGUCAGGGUGUGAGGAAUGCACCCCAGUGGGCACCCCUACACCCAUGGGACUGGCCUGAAAACCCAUGGCACUGUAUUCACGUUGACUUCGCUGGCCCCCUUGAAGGAAGCAUGUUCUUGGUGGUGAUAGAUGCCCAUGCUAAAUGGCCAGAAGUCUCUAUAAUGCAGUCCACUACUGCAGAGAGUACUAUCCCAAACCUACGAGAACUCUUUAGUUGUUUUGGUCUGCCAGAGCAACUUGUGAGCGACUAUGGACCGCAGUUCGUCUCUCAGGAGUUUCAAAAUUUUAUGAAGGCAAAUGGGACACACCACAUCACUUCAGCACCAUAUCAUCCAUCCACCAAUGGACUGGCUGAAAGAUUUGUGCAGACAAUGAAACAAGCUUUGAAAUUGGCAAGGGGACAAUUAUCCAUUCAAAAGCGUCUGGACACCUUCUUACUAUCCUACAGAAACACGCCUCAUGCUAUGACCAAGGCAUCCUCGGCCUUUCUAAUGAUGGGACGAUAG